UCUUAAAACUCAGUGGUGCAGUGCUGAGGGAGAGAUCUCUCUUCUCCCUCCACUUCGUUUUCUUCUGGUGUAGGCAUUGUCCAGUAUUAUGUUUCUUGUUGCAAGCAAAGAGAACGUACUUGAUUAGUGAGUGAAAGCUGUUUUAGUGUAUAAUUGUCAGGGGGCCUGCUUCACAUCAGUCAUGAGCUCCAGCAUUGUCAACUCUUUAGCGAAGGUCUAUGAUCCAAAUCCUCUUCAUGGCCAGAAGACCAGUGGAAGAAGGAAGCUCUCUCUUAGUGGAUCAGUCAAGUCGCAAGCCUCUUCACCGUCGCCCUCCUCCCCUCACGAUGCCGCGCUGCGCCACGUGGAGAGCCGAAUGGACUCGCUGAGCUCUCAGAUGGAGCGCCUGCUCAGCAUGCAGCAGUCCGUUCUGACCCGGCUAGAUGGCCUGUCGCUGGACGUCAGGGGCAUAGGUCGGGAUCUGGCACUGAUGCAUGAAGGCGGCGCCGGGGGGAGACGCGGCUCUCGGGGUCAGGCGGCAUGCGGAGAGCUACAUGGCACCAUUGAGAGGGCCGGCGAGCAGAUGGAGAGUCAGGGACGCAGGCUGGACGGGGUGGAGAAGCUUGUGGAGGGCACCCAGCAGGUGAUCAGCUUUUUUGGGGAGGUAUUGAAGAGCUCCAGGCUCGUAGAGCUACUGUUCAAACAGCCCGGAAAGAAGGCCAACAAGAAGGCAAAAGAUGACAAGGAUAAAGCCAAAUUGAGCCAGAAGGGCUUAAAGGCCCAGAAGAAGAGGAGACCUGCAGAUACGUCUGACACUUUGUCGCAGAAUGAGCCUGUGCUGCAGGAGCAGGUGGAAAAGCUCAACAGGCAGAACUCUGAGCAUUCCCAUGCAAGGGUCGACGCUGGCAAUCACAAGGGGGAGGACAGGGGAGGUGGGGUAAGAAGACAGGAGUCCAUCGGGCUCAGAUGCACCAAGGACAUUGAGGAGGAAACGGCGUGGAUGGUCUUUGAUGACUCAGAGUCAGAGGAAGAUGACAAAAAGACAGAAGAAGGGACUGGAGAGGCGAUGGGUGAUGGGAAGAGAAAGCAAAAAGGGGAGGGAGAAAAGUCAUCCAAAUCAGAAAAAGCCCCGAGUAUCAUCCUGGAUAUCUGCAAGAGCUCUCUCCAAACACAGGACAGUAAACGUUGUGUCACCGAAGAGGAGCUGGCAAAGGACGACCUAAAAAAAAGCAGAGUGGGAGACAGUGAAGUGGAAAGGGGUGAUGGGCCGGGGGUUGAGGGGGACGCGCCUCAGGCAUCCAAAUCGGAGGAAGUAAAGACGGAGGUGGGCGAGGAAGGGAAGGAGGCAGAGUCAGCAGUGAAGGAAUUCAUCAUUGCAAGCCCUCCACCAUUGGCACCUUUCGACCACCGCAUUGUGACCCCCAAACCCCAUCAGAUAGCCAGCUAUUACACCAUCAACAAAGACGAGGUCCUGGGGGGGGGACGUUUUGGACAAGUCCACAAGUGCCUAGAGAACUCGUCUGGUUUGGUCUUGGCUGCCAAGAUCAUCAAAGCCAGGAGCCAGAAAGAGAAGGACGUGGUGAGGAAUGAGGUGCAGGUGAUGAACCAGUUGAACCACGCCAACCUGAUCCAACUGUACGCCGCCUAUGAGUCACGCUAUGACAUCAUCCUGGUCAUGGAAUAUGUGGAGGGAGGAGAGCUGUUUGACCGCAUCAUUGAUGAGAACUACAACCUGACGGAGCUGGACACGGUGCUGUUCAUACGCCAGAUCUGUGAAGGGCUGCAGUACAUGCACAAGAUGUACAUCCUACAUCUUGACCUCAAGCCAGAGAACAUUCUUUGUGUCAGCCGAGCUACUAACAAGAUUAAAAUCAUUGACUUUGGCCUGGCCAGGAGGUAUAAACCCAGGGAGAAACUGAGGGUAAACUUUGGAACACCUGAAUUUCUAGCUCCUGAAGUCAUCAACUAUGAGUUUGUUUCAUUUCCCACUGACAUGUGGAGCCUGGGCGUCAUCACUUACAUGUUGCUGAGUGGAUUGUCUCCGUUUCUGGGGGACGAUGACAACGAGACCUUGAACAACAUCCUGGCCUGUCAGUGGAACUUUGAGGAGGAGGAGUUUACAGACAUCUCGGUCGAGGCCAAAGAAUUCAUCACCCUUCUGCUGGUAAAGAGCAAGAGCUGGAGGAUGAGCGCCACAGAGUCACUUAGGCACCCCUGGCUGUCAGAUCGGAGUCUGCACUAUCGACUAAAUCAGAAGAAAAACAAGUGCCACCCCACACAUGUUCCUUCUCCAUAAGGCCAGACAGAAACACUGUGAGGCCCUCAGCAUGCCUUCUGACAAUGUGGGGCCCUGAGCUCAACACUGGACCAAUGCUGACGUACCUGUAUGGCUACUGGAAAACUACUCUUGCAUCCUCGUGUUAGCUUCGCAGCUUGUAGUUCUGACCUGCGUAGUGUAGAGCCCGCUGGAGAAGAAGAGACUUUCCUAACACCACCAUUAAGUGACAAAUCAACUAGCUAGCAUGAGUGCUAGCAUGCUUGCCACACAGCGUGAAACGUCCUCCUGAACCAGCCGUUAUGGUGGUGUGUAGACCAACCUGUAUUGCAACGGUGAAUCCAAAAUAUUAGACGCUAAGGGCCUGCCACUCCCAUGACUUCCACAUGUAGUGAAAAGGGAAGAACUGAAAAUCACCAUCAAACAGACACUGUUAUUCUCCCUCUGACAGUGAGCAGUUUGUCAUGUCGUCAUGGUUUGUUGCAUGCUUUGCACUUUUUGUCCUAAUUCCUCAAGAUUUAGCAAACAACUGCAUUAGACUGAAAGCUAGUACUCGAUUAAUAUAUUUUUGUGAAUACCGAUAUAUAUAUAUUUUUUUUCUUUCAUUUAAGUUACAAGUCUUAUAAAAUGUUAUUCUUUUUUGAGCAUACAGUUUAAAAAACCCUUUUGAACUUGAUUGAAGUUGAAGUCACACCACAUUAAUUUAUUCUGUACAGUGUGUAACACACCUCAUACUCUCAUUCCCCUGAAGAGUGAAGAUAUCUCACGACUGAACACUUUCGCAUUCAAGCCAUUUGCAGCCUGCGUUUCUAGUACAUCUUCACUGUAGACCGGAUUGCCUCCUGUUUGUUUUCACGCCACUAUCUCACCUUUGCUUUGGCAGUAUGCAGUAACCCUCUCACCUUCCAUGAAGGCACAACGAGCAACAGAAUAAUAAUGUAACUCCUGAUUAUCACUGGAGUGGAUUCUUAUGUUCAUUUAUUUACUGGUUCAACACCAGACUGUACAUGAAGUGCAAAGCUUCUUUAUUCAAGAUGGGAUUUCUUUCAGGGCCGACAAACAGGACCUGCACGUACUGCAACAACAAGAGCGGAGGUGACAAGAUUCAUAAUUUAUAACCCUGUACUUUCUAAGGCGCGGGAAGUCGGAUGAAUAUUUAUCACUCAGUUAUGUUGGUUGCUCCACUUAGAAAUGAAACAUCUAUGUGAUCUUUAAUACUUGUUUAUUGGAAUUUCUGAUACCGUUUUCAAAGUUUUCUUGUGUACUAAUGAGACAUAAUUAAAUGUAGAAUUUGAAUAAGCAAAUAAAGAGAGCACAUUAAAAACA